AUGUUGGACGUAGAAGACGACAGCUUUCACGUCACACGUGAAGGCUACUCCCAUCUGAGUGACUCAGAAUGGGAGGUAGUCGGCCGCAUGAGUGUGCUCAUGGGCGAACCCGCCAUCAGUGGCAUGUUGGAGUCUCUAAGCAGAGACCAGCAACAUGCUGCUAUCAACAAGUUCCUACAAGGGGAACUUGCCGUCGAAAGACAGAAGAUAGCCUUGCUACAGCAGCAAGGCUCUCAUCAGUCGAUGGGCGGGCCGACGCACAUGCGUCGACCCGAAACCUUGAAGAUUGAGUAUCUCAAGUUAGACGACGCCAUCAGGGCCCGUCACAUCGAGGGUGACGAGAUGCAAGUCACCUUCGCCCUGUCAAAUUUGACAGGACGAGCAAAGACUUGGGCCUUAGGGCUCAAGCUUCACGACCCAAACGUGUUUGAGUCGUUGGAGACCUUUCAGGAUCGGCUCAAAGAGACGUUUGAGCCGCCAAGAGCCGAGUUCAGAGCACGCUCUGCACUCUUGAGGCUAAAGCAAGGUAAGCGUGAUGUGCACGCUUACGCACAACACCUACGCUACCUUGCGAGUAGCGUUACGGAAAACCCUGUUGAUGAGCACACGCUCAUCAACGUGUUCAUCUACGGCCUUGUAGAUGGGCCGGUGAAGACCUACAUGUUCCGAGAGGGCUUCCAUACGCUGGAAAGGCGAUAG